AUGGAGGACGGUGUGGAAGAAAAAGCUUGGUCUGUGGUUUGGUAUGGCAAGUACGGUUCGCCGAUAAAUGUUUAAAGGGAAUACCGCAUGAAAUACGGACGUAAUGCCCAACUUCCAGAUCGCAAGACAAUUCGGCGUUGGUGGAAUAAGUUCCUUGAGACUGGCAGCGUUAACAGGAAACAAAGAAAGCAGGAAAGAUAUGUACGAACGGAGCUGAAAAUUGAAGAAAUUUUUCAAAAUUCCGAGAAAAUCCUUUUUUCUUCCACACCGUACUCCAUUUUCGGACACACCGGGAAAGAGCGAAAAAACAACCGAAAAACGACCGAAAAAGUGAACUCCAAGAAUAAAUCCAAUAACUGUAGAUGACACAUACCGAUGUAUAACAUAUUUGGUAUCAAACAAAAUGGGGUUGUCUGAGGAUUCAGGGAAAAAAAGGAUUUUAAGAUUUGGCCAAAAACUAAAGAAGUUAUAGCCAAUUCAAAUCGGGCCACAAAGAUGCCCCACCCUGUAUACACAACUAAGUGUCAUCUACAGUUAUUCGACAUUUUGCUUUUUAUUUUUCCGACAUGCAGAUUUUGCCAAAAAAUUUCUAUUUUAUUCCUCUCCCUGCUACAAGAGGACUGUUACAAAAGCCUUUCGUACGCUUUUAGGCAUUCCAUUUUUUCGCAUUUCCUGUAACCUUUUCGCGCUUUAUGAAUGCAUUAAGUCCGCUUCGUUUUUACACCCAAAUUUGAUUGGGUUUUUAUGGAGUUCCUGGAAAAUUUCCAUAAAUCGCCAUGCUUAUUGAAUGCCUCAUUGUAACAAAAGAAUUACUCACCCAGAUCAGAUAAACAGUAGGCUGUGGGAAAUGGGUAGAGUCAUGAGGCGUUAAUUCAGGCUUAUCAUGGGGUGGGGGCUAUUUCUUGGAGGUUGUAAGGGGAUGGCGAUACUGAAGUUUUGAUGAAACUUGGCAUAAAUUUGAGGUAAUUUUUUUUGUGGGGUAUAUGCGAGAUUUUUAACAUGGUCUUUGCAGAAAUGACCGAGAUUUUUUGGGUCAAAGAUUUUCAUAAAAAUUGCAAUUUUUUGCAAAAAUUUCAUUUUGGCAUGAAUUUUUUUAUCUAUUUCUACUGUACAGACUAAUGUUUCCACGAAAAAUUAUAAAAUUAUUUUUUUACACGAAACUGGCAAAGAUACCGCCAAAAAACCCUUUUUUCUCUGACCGCUCUCCGCAUUUUGUGUACUCUCUCGGCCGCAAAGAUUGUUGAAUAUCUCGCCUGCAACUGCAAAGCGUGAGCUAAAAUUUUCAUAAAUUAAUAUCUGGUCUGUCCAGAGUCUGUGUGCAAAAUUUAAAGAAAAUCUGAUCGCCACACUUGCAAAACUUCAUUUGCGAACUUAUAGGGAUCCUCAGGGCGACUAUUUGAUUUUUUUGCCCUAAUUUUGGGUCCAUAUUCUCUGUAGGCCACAUUUUAAUCGCUGAAAAUUUUACCUCACUUUUUUACAGCAAAAAUUUCACGCGAUCAUUUCCCUAGACAUCAUGCAAAAAUGAGGAGAUCCGGCCAGAGAAAAGACCCUUCAGGGGUGGCAAACGGGCCUCUUUUUCGAAAUUUCAGGCCCGGGGCCCGGCCCGGCGAUAACCAGGCCUGGCCCGUUUCAAAAAUUUGUCAGGCCCGGCCCGUUUACGCCCGGACGGGCCGGGCUUCGCCGGGCCGGCCCGGUGGCCACCCCUGGACCCCCUUUUUCGGCGUUACCUUCAAUUUGUCGCCUUUUCCGUCUCAGCCCUUUUUUACAGUAGGUCUCACGAAGCCGGACUCUCUCUUCCCUUUCCGGAACUUUUGAGUCACCCCAGCGCCCAUGGUUGAUAAUGGGGCCGCGGACCGAGUGAAAGUUUAUUUGGGAUUUAGGGGGAAGGGUGCUUGAAUGUUUAUUCCGAAGUUUUCGGUGUCCGCAGCGCUUAAUUUCCUUGUCAAACGCCCGCUGCAGAAUGCUUGACUUGUGGGGUUGGGUGGGUCAUAGUUUAGUGAGAUUGGGCCUAGUUUAGUGAGAUGUUUUGGCUGUCUGUUGCUUGUAUAUGGUCGUGAGAGCUGAAUGAUUGCUCUUUCAUCAUUUUUGAGACUGAAGAUCUUGUCGUCAUGGAAGAAUAUCGAUAUUUUAAGGUUCUUUUUGGCCUGAAGCUGCCAUUACAGAUAUUUCCAGGCCGCCAAAGAUAGCUGUCAUUGCAAAAGCCAGGUCCCCAAAACGCCUUCCGCAGGUGAAAAAGUCUCCGCCGAGCCUUCGCCGAUGUGCGAAACAUCUGCCAAGCCACCGAGACUAACAUAUACUCCCCGCCAAAAGUUUUGACCCCCCUUCUAACUCGGCCCAAAGUGUAUCAAUUUGGACCAAAUUUGGUACGUAGUCUACUGACAACCUAGUAGUCAAAAAUAUCAUAGUAGGACAAACCAUAUAGCUGUAUUUCAAAAUCCAGGGACAAUUUUCAAAAAUCACCUCAAAAAAACGGGACAAAAGUUUUGACCCCCCUGCAAAAAAAUUAAAUAUCGAAACCGGAUGUAGCCCGAACCUUUUACAAUCGAUGCCCCAUACUUGAAUACAGAUUAAUAAAUGCUUUUUCGUUGAAUGCUUCGUUGCAUUUGAGGAUGCAACGCGAUAAACUGAUUUUGAUGUAGAGCUGCCCAAAAUGGUAAAAAUCUUGUACUGGCGCUUUCCAAAAGUUUCAAAUUAUGUUCACAUCAUGUGAUCUUGACAUGUUAUAACCUACAUUAACCUUUUCCUUUCGAAAAAAGUCCGUGAUGGCCUAGCGGUAUCGAUUCGGCCGAUAUCCAGUUGUCAUGGUCAGCCUUGGUGAGCCAUUUGCUCUUUGACUAAAGGUAUAGAUGUGGUCGCUAGUUCCUCAAUCUAAUCCUGAGACUCCUAUUUACUCUCAGCAUGCACAAAGGUUUCGAUUUGACACAUUUUGGAAUGGGUUUCAUUCACCUUAAUCUUAAGUUUGCCGUUACUGUAGAUGCCCCCGAGUACGAUGCCAUCCCCACCGCCCAUUUGGCGUUCCAUACGUCUCAAAUGAGUAUGGCGGGUGCUGUAGCGUCCUAA